CCUUUUUGUCAUUUACGUUGUUUGACGUUUGUCGUUUGUAAAAACGUAAAAUUAAGAAUUAAGAUAUAUAAUAAAGACUCAAGGUUAAUUUAAGGACCUGUAUGUGGUUUUCUCACGUGCUGAAAAAUAAUAUCAGAUAAUUUAAAUGAAAAUAUUAAAAUCACGCGACCUACCUAUCACUUUCAUCUCUAGGUGUUCGGAGGGCCCUCAACCCUAAUAGCACAGAGUUCCCGGGCCGUAAAUGGGAAGUAUCCAUAAUGUGUCCUUUAAGAGUCCUAUGUCAGGACUUCCUAUAGAGGCACGCUGGAUGUCUACUGGCUAUUUGCAAGGGCUUAUUUUCAUUCGUACCACAGCCACCAAACUAAGUUCUUUAGAAGGCCUCUGGACAUCCGAAAAGUACCUAUUAUUCAUAUAACGUUAUCAAUUAUCACUAUUAUCAUUGACAUUUGAUGCAUAAACGGGCUGCAUCGCUGCAAUGAAUAAUCUCUUUAAUCGUACUAUCUACCACGAACUACUACAAACUAGUAGUUCGUGCUAUCUACUAAUAUUUCUACUAUCUAAUAUUCUAGUACACAAUAACCAUCGUCUAUCGUCUAUCUAUGUAUAAUUGGCGAUUGAAAUUGAUAAGAUGUAACAGAUCCACCCCCCGCCAGACUGAUAAAUGAUAAGCUUUCAUUCGCCAAUAGUCAACCAUCGUCCAUCACAAUUCACAAUAUCGUGAAUGUCGAAUUAAUGUAUGUGCAAAACUGAAAAUACACGGUACCUAUUCAUUCAUUGGCCAUCUCUAUUACAUUAGGUUAGCAAGCACGUUUAUUUUGUUUCAAUUUGCAACAUGGACAACGGCAUUGUUUCUAAUUAUUCAAAAUAUCUUAUAACGGAGUUUGAAGAUGGCCUUCAAAUUAUUCCAAAAAAUUGGCUCAUAAAUGAAAAACAAGCCAAGUACCCGCCAGUCAUGAAUAUUUUAAAGUAUGAUAAAAUGUGCCGAACAAUGUAUGAACCUUCAAAUUCAUGGACCAUUGUUGAUAUUAUCAGAGUAUUAGCUUCAUAUGAUGAAUUUUUGAAAGCUAAACGUAAAUUGAGGGAGGCAGAGUACAAAACAGAUUUAGAAAGUGAUGAUGCAGAUAAAGCAAAAAAAUUCCGAAAAAUAAACGCUGCUAAAAUAAACUCGGAUUCUGAUGAUUCAAUUUUUGAAACUCAAAAAAUAACAACAAGUCUAAAAACUCCAUGUGCACCUCCUCAAUUAAAACUCUCAAAACAUAUCAGCAAUAACAGUGGGCUUAGAUCAAAACAGUUAAAAUGCGGAGAAAAUAAUUUUAGCUACAAAGGUAAUUUAGACAUACUUCAGAAAAGCCCUGAUUUAGUUGAAGAAUCCUAUGAUAUUACAGAUACCUUUCUUGAAAAUAUAAAUGGUGAAGUGUUUCUAAGCUCUGCUCAGUCAGAAAGCAAUCGAAUAGAUGAGAAUACACCUGUUGUUUUUUUGUCUCCUGAACAAUCACAACAAAAUAUGGAGCAAAGUUUUGAGAAUAUAGUCAGAAAUGAAAAUGGUGACAUGAACAACUUAUCAAAUCUUGUUACGGUUCAACAAAAAGAUUUAAAGGUUUUGGUGGAAAAUAGCUGCCACAUGAAAAUUAAGAUCAAUCAAAUGCUUAUUGUAAUGAAACAAAUGCACGACAAACUUAAUCGAUGUCUUGCUCCUAUUAUAUCCUCAUCAGGUGAUACAAAUAUUAAUAUUAGAUCAUACUUUCCGUUGAAAGAUGAAACACAACUCGAUUAUGUAGAUACAAUGAUACUAGAAAAUGCAGCAUUUAAAAACCAGUUGAUGAAUGAACUGUCUAUAAUUGGAGGUGACGAUAUUCGUUCAAAAACAUACAAUGCCAUGAAAUACAUAUUUUCUAACAAAUUGGCCACAGUAAUAACAUAUGCAGGAAUGAGCAAAGAGAAAAAGGCAUUAAAAAACUAUCAAAUGCAUGAUAUAAUUCUAGAUGCAGUAAGAAGCAGUUGUCCCCAAGGAACGACAAACAGAGACAUAAUCAGACAUAUAAUGUCGUGGUUUAAGCAUGCCAUUGACAGGUAUAGAAACGAGUAUAAACGACAGGUCUGAAAAUGACCUUAUUAGUAAAUCUAAAACUAUUCUAAAUAAACUUAUAUUCUUAAAUAAUUAGCUAAUCUAAAACAUUAUUGAAAAGACUAAUUAUUAUAAAAUAAUGUAUAACUUAAAUAAUUGUAUAUAUAUACGUGUAUUAUAGUGACUUAUAGUAUUAUACAUACUAGUAUUGUGAUCAAUAAGUAUAUAAGUAUAUGCUCUGUGUAUAUACCGUACACAUGUAAAUAUUCAAAUGUAGUACCAAAUAUAUUUAUUAAUAU